GCUCCGGGGGAUGGCGGAGCCGCUCCGCGCUUUCCGGGUGCGCGGGCGCUGCGCCCCGCGCAAGUUCGGGGUGGCGGCGGGGAGCCUGCGCGGGCUGCUCCGGAAGAGCUGCCGGCUGCUGCAGCUUCCCUUGCCAGGCAGCCGCCUCUGCCUCUAUGAGGACGGGACGGAGCUGACCGAGGGCUACUUCCGCGCCCUGCCGCCGCAGAGCGAGCUGGUGCUGCUGGGACCGGGGGAGACGUGGCACGGCUGUGAGUGCACCGGGGCCGGGCGGUGGGGUAGUGCCUGGGAGCGGCCGCUCAGCCCGCGCCGCUUCGCCCUUACCGCAGGUGCCAGCGAUAUCGAGCGGUUCCUCGCCGCCUUCUGCACCCAGCGGGAGGCCGUGGUGGAGGCCGCUCGGAAGCUGCUCAGCGAUGAGCGGGCUCCCAGGAGGCAGAGGCUGCUGGCGGAUCUCAUCCACAACCUGAGCGAGAACAUCCUGGCCGAGGACAAGGAAGAGGAUGAGAAGUGGUUUGAAGGUCUAGAGUCUCGCUUUAAGAACAAGUCAAGCUACAUGCGAUACAGUUGUGAAAGCAGAAUACGGAGCUACAUGAAAGAGGUUAGCAGCUUUAUUUCAAAUGUUCAUCCUACAGCAAGAGAUGAGUAUAAAAGGAUCAUUAACAUGAUGGCAGAUAAAUUGAAAUCUGUGAAAUACAAUGGAUGCUACUUUGACAGAAGGGAGGAGGAGGAAGCAGCCCGCCUGUGCACCACAGAGGGGUGGUUCUCUUGUCAGGGACCCUUCGACAGAGAUGACUGCCCGUGUAAGCAUUCCAUCAACCCCUACAGUAACAGGGAGAGCAGAAUCAUCUUCAGUACCUGGAAUCUUGAUCACAUAAUAGAGAAGAAACGUGCUGUUGUCCCAGAACUGGCAGAAGCUGUCAAAACACAAGAUGGAAGGGAAGUGAACUGGGAAUACUUCUAUCAGCUGCUGUUUACUGUGGAUAAUUUAAAACUUGUACAUAUUGCGUGCCAUAAGAAAACCAAUCAUAACCUCAGCUGUGACAAAACUAAAAUUUACAGGAGAAGAAAGCACAACCACAGGAUUUGAUAGUGCAUCUCUGGAAGUGACUUCUGCUUCCUUCAAAAUCAUGUUGGUUUUGAACAGCUCUAGUUUGCUAAAGGACUUAUUUCAGAGUCCCUGCCAAAAGGGACUUGCCAAGUAAUUCAGAUGCCAUCUCACAAAGCAUACAGGUACCUCAUGCAUAAUUCUGCUUUCCUGCUUUCUCACUUCAAGCCUGCCUUCCAUCACACUGUUAAAAUACAGAUGCAAGUCAGUACAAAACUGAGGCCAGAGGCUGACAGGGAUUAAGCUCUACUGCCUCUCUAGCCAUGACAAACAUAGGUCCAAAAAACUAAUGCUAGAUGUGCAUUUCUCUGAACUUUAAGCCAAACAAAGUACUUCAGGAUAAUUAUUCUGCUCCAUGCCUUUUCCAGGUGAUAACCACUGUAUUUCAGGUAUGCUAAAGGGUGGUUCAGUGACAGAGCUGCUGGCUCGUCUGUGCUGAAACACCCACACUCAUGCAUGACCACUCUGCUGCUGAAGAGCAAGGCCAUGGCACAUCUUUGCUUCUGCCACCUUGGUUCUUUAGCAUCUUCCCCACUGGUUUCUCUCUUUCUGUUUCUGCCUCUGUAGCUUGAAGCAACACAAGGAAAGUAACUGCAUAAUCAGUUUUACCUGGUGCUCCAGAGAAUACUGCCUUUGUAAAACACUUCCUACCUCAGGUAGCAAAAUACAAAUGGAUCAAUUUUUACUUGUUUUUUUUAAGUACCAGCUGACAGCAACUGAAUUUAUAGGGACUGUCAGUGUAAAUGAUGGGAAUUUCUUCAAAUUAAAAAAUUGACACCAUUUUCCUGUGUUAUGUGGAGGCAGAGGAGCAGGAGUGGUUAAUGAGGUCUAACAUAGCAUGGCAAUUCAGAGUGGAAAGGCUGAGCACAGGGAGAUUGCUAGUAGAGCACUAGCUGCUGACUGUGAAUAACUUCACUCUCUUUACCCCCAUAUUGUUGGUCCUCUUCCCUACCUGAGUAAAUCCAAGCUAGUCCACACAGAACAGUGUAGAGGUGUAACUGAUGGGUGAGCCAUGACCUACUAUGUCUUGGAAAUGCAGGAGCUUUACUACAGAGACUAGCAACUGCAAACAACAACCCAGCCCCCUCAAACAUUUCAAUAUAAAAUUUAAGUAGGAGCAUUUUAAAUGCAGGAUUUUUAACACCAAUGCACUUAAUCAAUCCUUCCAUAUUACCUUACUGACUAUACAUUACUGGUACCCAAGAUACAAUCACUCACUGCACUGGCUUGACAUUGGGGAUGGCAUCACAGCUAAGACCCUGAUAACAAAACAGUUGUCAUCUGUAGGGUGCACUUCCUACAAACUGAGAAUCACUGUUUUGCACAGUGCUGAAACAACCCCAAAUGUCUGUGUGCGAAGCCGUAUUUGCUAGAAAGAGACAGCAGCAAAUAGAGCAUUUAAGGAAGGCUGGGAGAGCUGCUUCAAGCUGGAGUUGUGCUGAGAACCAUGAAUAUGCUAUUAAAAAAUUAGGUUUUUCUGUGUUAAAGAAUUAAGAGUGAAAAGGAGCCAAGAAAUAUCAUUGACAGAAACAAUGCAUCAGCUGGAGUGGAAAUGUGAAUAAAUUAACAUGUCAUGCAUAUACAAUUUGUUUGACUUACAACUUUUGAACGUUUAACAGGCUGUAGCUGUAGAAAUUAAUAUUUAUUUAAACCAUCUGCUGAUAACAUUUUCUCUAUGUUUUAUAGAAAAGGAGAAGAAACUGUAACAAUAAAGAUCUGGGAGCUUA